AAUUCAUCCAUCUCAUCCAUCUCAUCCGCUCCAUCCAUCAGAUACAGGGCAAUCCAGACGGGUAACUCGCUUUGGCCGACAGCCAUCAACAUCCUUUUGCUGCCAGACGAUACCCGCGGCCAUGCACAUCAAAACAAUUACCAUUCAAGGCUUUAAGUCAUAUCGUGACCAAGUCGCCAUCGACCCUUUCUCACCCCGGCACAAUGUGGUGGUAGGGCGCAACGGAAGCGGAAAGUCCAACUUCUUUGCUGCUAUCCGUUUCGUGCUCUCUGACGCGUACACCACGCUCUCGCGUGACGAGCGCCAGCGUCUUUUACACGAGGGAACAAGCACAACGACUACUUUAUCGGCCUAUGUCGAGAUUGUUUUCGACAAUGCCGACGGCCGCUUCCCCACAGGCCAGCCCGAGCUUCAUCUUCGCCGUACUAUCGGUCUGAAAAAAGACGAGUACUCCCUCGAUCGCAAAAGUGUUACCAAGGCGGAAGUCAUGAAUCUUCUGGAGAGCGCCGGUUUCUCAAGGAGUAACCCGUACUAUAUUGUGCCACAGGGACGAAUCACUCAUCUUACCAACAUUUCGGAGAAAGACCGUCUAAACCUCCUCAAAGAGGUUGCAGGAACAAAGGUGUACGAGCAGAAGCGCGCCGAGUCGACGCGCAUCAUGGAGGACACGGACAGCAAGCGCGACAAGAUCAACGACCUCCUGGCCAACAUCGAAACGCGCCUGGCUGAGCUUGAGACGGAGAAGAAUGAGCUCAAAGAGUUCCAGAGCCUUGACCGCGACCGCCGUUGCCUCGAGUAUUCGCUACAGCAGCGCGAGCUGGACGAUAUCACGGCUGCGCUCGACCAGCUGGAGGAGGACCGCUCAAAUGGUCACCACGAGAUCAACGAGCAAGAGAAGGCUCUCUACGAGCUGGAGGCUCGUAUCAAGAAAAUGGAGGAUGAGCUCACCCGAAGCAAGCACUCGCACUCGACUUUGAGCAUCGCGCUCCAGCAGUACGAAUUUGAGAUGGAGGACCUCGUCCGCACGAAAACCGAAGUCGAGUGCAUCGUCGCCGACUUUGCGCAGGCGAGCGAGAGUAACGAGACCCGGCGACUAGAGACCAUCGAACAGCUCGAGUCGCUAGAGAGACGAGUAAAGCGUACCACCGAUAGGCUUGCCGAGCUGAACGCCGCUCUGGAGGAGCGCAUCGCGGAGGAGCGAGCUGCUAAGGAUUUGCUGGACACCACUCAGUCACGUCUGCAAGUGUUGUAUGCCAAACAGGGCCGGACGCGCCAGUUCCGCUCUAAGGCUGAGCGUGACGCAUAUUUGACCAACGAGAUCAAGAGCCUCGACUCGUACGAGAAGCAGCAACAAAAGAUCAUUUCCGAUCGUGAGCGGGACGUACAGGGGGCCAAGGAGCAUCUCGAGGAUGUUUCUGCGCGUUCUGCCGAGCAGCAGGAUUACGAGGAGGGGCAGCGUGAGACUCUGAAGAGGAUGAGCGAGCAGCAGAGCAAGCUUAAGAUUGACCUCGACGGCAUGAAGGAGAAGCGCAAGGAGCUGUGGCGUGAGGAUGGCAAGCUUUCACAGUCCGCCACAAAUGCCAAGAACGAGCUGGACAAUGCGCAGCGACUGCUACAGGGCAUGAUGGACAAGGACACGAGCAAUGGCCUGCGUUCUGUUCGCAGCGUCGCUAGGCGACUUGGCCUUGAGGGUGUCUAUGGCCCGCUGUACGAGCUCUUCGAGGUCUCAGAUAAGUAUAAGACGGCUGUGGAAACGGUGGCAGGAACAAGCCUCUUCCAUGUUGUUGUCGACAACGAUGACACUGCAUCGCGCCUGAUUGACGCGAUGAACAAGGAAAGAAGUGGUCGCGUUACCUUCAUGCCCCUCAACCGCCUCAAAAGCGUCAACGUCCAGUACCCGAAAGCGAACGACGCUGUGCCGUUGAUUUCCAAAUUGACAUACGACCGCGCUUAUCAGAUGGCCUUUGAGCAGGUCUUUGGACGCACAGUCGUCUGCUCUGACCUGGCCACUGCAGCCCAGUAUACCCGUAGCCAUGGUCUCAACGGAGUAACUGACUCUGGUGACAGGGUGGAUCGCAAAGGUGCCCUGACCGGAGGUUAUCACGACAACCGGCGCUCGCGUCUUGAUAUCGUCAAGCAGGUAAAGCGCUGGAGCGAGGAAUAUGAACGCGAUGCAACGCGCCACACCGAAGUCAAGGACGGUCUCGCCAAACUGGAGCAGCAGAUCUCUCAGGCGAUGGGUGAGAUACAGCGAAUCGAUGCCAAGCGCAAGGCGAUGGUUGAAGACCGCGGACACCAGGCGCGCCAAGUCAAUUGGAUGUUGCGGGAAGUUGAACAGGCGCGGCAGCGCCUCGCCCGCCUAGAGGGAUCUCUGGCGGACGAUGAGGCAAACCUCAAGGCCGCCUCGGCCAAAAAGGCUGCUUUGGAGGAGGAACUUAAGACCCCGCUCCAGCAGCAGUUGUCGCCUGCCGAGGUACAGGAACUGGAGACAUUAUCCAAGGCCGCCGAACAGCAAAAGCAGGCUCUGUUGGAGGCUUCCCAGAAACGGCAGCAGAUGGCCUCUGAGCGCAGCGAGCUGGAAAUUGAGCUUACAGAGAAUCUCCGUCGCCGUCGCAAUCAGCUGCGCGCAAAGCUCGACGAUCUUGACGGCGCAUCUGGCUCUGGUGUCAUCAAUGCGGGCGAGGUGGAACAGCGCAAGGCGGAGCUCGGCAGCGUUUCACGGUCAAUCGAAACGUUGUCAGCGCAAAUUCAAAGCACAGAGGAGGAGCUCGAGGCCCUUGCGACAACCAUUUCUGAGCAGCAGGCUAAACUCGAGGAGCUUCACAACGAGGCCAACGACGUCACACGCGCCAUGCUUCGCAUCCAGAAAAGUCAAGAGCGGUACCUCAGCAAGAAGCAGACCCUUGACAACCGUAAGGAGGAAUGCGAGGUAGCCAUUCGUGAUCUGGGCGUCCUCCCGGACGAGGCGUUCACCAAAUACACGGGUGACAAGUACAUGUCGGCCAGCGGCAUGGAGAAGUUGGUCAAGCUGUUGCACAAGGUCAACGACGGACUCAAGAAGUUUGCGCAUGUUAACAAAAAGGCGUUUGAGCAGUACAGCAACUUCACCAAGCAGCGCGACGAGCUUAUUGCGCGUCGCGAGGAGCUCGACCAGUCGGCCGACUCCAUCCAAGACCUCAUCGACACCCUUGAUCAACGCAAGGACGAGGCGAUCGAGCGCACGUUCAAGCAAGUGUCCAAGUACUUUGAGGAGGUCUUCGAGCUGCUGGUGCCGGCUGGCCGGGGACGGCUCAUCAUGCAGAAGCGGACCGACACCUACGUGGACGAGGAGAGUGAGCGGCAGGCGGAGAAGAACGGCAAAAGCGAGAUUGACAGCUACACGGGCGUUUCGAUCAAGGUGUCGUUCAACUCAAAGGAAGACGAAGGACAACGCAUCUCGCAGCUAUCGGGUGGGCAGAAGUCACUCGUCGCUCUCGCGACCGUGUUCGCAAUUCAGAAGUGCGACCCGGCUCCAUUCUACCUCUUUGACGAAAUCGACGCCAAUCUGGACACCCAGUACCGCACGGCGGUGGCCAACAUGAUUCACACGCUGAGCGACUCGGCGCAGUUUAUCACCACCACCUUCCGCAGCGAAAUGCUCGUGAACGCGGACAAAUUCUACGGCGUCUACUUUGACAAGCAGAAGGUGUCGACAAUUCAGACCAUCACGCAGGAGGAGGCACAGAAGUUUAUCGACACGGCAGCAGGCAUGACGUAGGCAUGUUUGCUGGGUAAGUACCUCUCGGCUGUCUCCUAGACUGGCGUGUAACAGUACAUGUUGUAGUAGAUGAACAAUGCUUGGCUCGAUAUCUAUGACUAUCUAAAUGCACCGCG